AUGGAUCCGAACCCGUCCAGGUUCCCGAUCCUCUCCUACGUCAUGGACCGGCUUCCCUCCUUGGGAUCCAAGUCGCCCACCGCAACGACGGCCGUCAUCUCCGACCUCAAGUCAAUCCACAUCGGCGAUCCAGCCUCCGCUCAAAGCGAGAUCGCUGACCAGAUGCCCCAUCUCUCCGACCCCAAAGUCAUCGCCGCGAUGAGAAGCGCCGUCGCCGACGUGGCUCAGGCCCGGUCCAUCCUCACCGAGCUCGGCGACCGACCCGAUCACGAGUCCGUUGACUCCGCCAAGGCCAAGCUCGCCGCCAUCGAAGCAGCCCGUGCUGACGUGGCGGAGACGGAGCUGCGCGAAUUGGCGGAGAGCGAAGAAGAGUGCAUGGCGAUCCUCCAGCUGGAGGAGCUGCACGUCGCCUACGAGAAGCUUCUGAAGGACGCCGAGGAGAGGCUCGUUCGGAUUUACCGGUCGGCGGAGGUCGGAGAUGUGGAGGAGGAGAAGGAGGUGGAUGACGUCGGCGACCAAGUUGAUGAGGAGGUCGUCAGGAUUCUGCAGCAGGCUUCGGCCGGGACUGGGCUGGACCGGGCCGACCUCUCGGAUAGAGGCCUGCGUUUGCUGCCCGAGGACUUUGGCCGGAUCAGUGGAUUGGUUCAGCUUGAUCUUUCCAACAAUGAGCUGCAGGUCAUUCCGGAUACAAUAGGUGGAUUAGAGAAGCUAGAAGUGCUGAACUUGUCUACCAAUCUCUUGGAGGCUCUGCCGGACACGAUUGGACUUCUGCAAAAUUUGAAGCUGCUGUCUGUCUCCGGCAACAAACUAGCUGCUCUUCCUGACUCUAUCUGCCAUUGCAGGUCAUUGGUGGAAUUGGAUGUGAGUUUCAACCAGCUCACAUACUUGCCAACCAACAUUGGUUAUGAGUUGGUUAAUCUUCAGAAGCUUUCGGUUCAAUUGAACAAACUCCGCUCCUUUCCUACUUCUGUUUGUGAGUUGAGGUCUUUGGUGUCUUUGGAUGCUCACUUCAAUGAGCUACGUGGCCUUCCACUAGCUUUCGGCCGGUUGACUAAUCUACAAAGUCUCAACCUUGCCGAUAAUUUUACCGAUCUCACUGAGCUCCCGGAUACUUUCGGUGAUCUAACCAAUCUUAAGGAACUUGAUCUCAGCAACAAUCAGAUUCAUGCUCUUCCAGAUACAUUUUUCCGCCUUGAAAAUCUGAUUAAACUUAACUUGGAUGGGAACCCUCUUGUGCUUCCGCCUCCUGACGUAGUUCAACAAGGUGUUGGAGCCAUCAGGGUCUUUAUGAGCAAGAGGUGGUCAGACAUACUGGCGGAAGAAGAAAAGAAGAGCAUGCUUCAAGUACAGGAACAAGAAGAAGCGGGUUGGUUGACACGCAGCACUUCUUGGUUGAAGGAUUAUGUUUCAGGUGUUUCUGGAUAUCUAUCUCCAAAAGCUCCUGAAGACCCGAUUCUUAGUCAGCCGCUGUGAUUUCAAGGAACAUUACACCUGAAGAGCCCAAGGAUUAUGCAGAUUAUUGGUGGAAAUUCUGGAGUUGAAGUCUCUGGGCGCUAUUGGAAGUCUAAUAGAGUUCAUGAUAAUGCUGGUACUAGUUCUACUGGAAGUCCAAGCUCUGACACACAUUCACACUUUUGGAACCAUCUAUGGAAGUGUAGUGUCAUCAUUCCUUUAUGGUACCUCCUACACUUUUAUUUGUUGAAUGUGAAGCUACUUAUGGUUGUACGUUGGCUGGUCUGCUGAAGUUAUGUAAGUUCUACAUGAUAUGGCGUCUUAGGCGGUAAUGUUGAUAAAUCAUAAAUUGACCAAGGAAAGCUUUCUUCUAGCAUUUCUCGAGCAUUUAGUAUCUUAAAAGCUACUGGUCCAUUUUUGAAUAAUCCAGAAUUGUUUUUUGUUCAAACUUUGCUGUUUUAGUUUCCUUGUAAUCUGACAUUUGGUUUAGGGUGCAAGUAAUCUGACAUUAUUUUUUGUUCAAACUUCCGCUACACUGCUACUGCAACUUUCUUCUACAUCAAUACUAUCGUUUUGGUUAAG